CUGGCUCCUGCGGACGCGUUGAUCCCGCACAGAGCCAAAAGCGGCUAAGCCGAGUGUGUGUGUUCCAGUCAAUGUGCUUCGAGCGCGCGCACACUUCAGCACGCGAGUCUGUAUCGGAUAGUCGCACACGUUUCGGACAGCCAAAAGGUGCACCGCUUCAUCGCAGAGCGAACCUAUACCAGCGACCUGGAGGAUGCUGUCACGCCGCUCCGUGCUUGUGGAGUGCGGGUAGUGCACGCCUCGCUGACCCGGGACCAGGACCGGAACCGGGAACGCGUUGCGCCGGUGCUUUGGCUGAAGAUCAGUUCAUGGUGGACUUUACAUUCAGCCGGACGACUUUUUUGCGAUCUUCCGCAAUUAAUAAUAUUUUAUGGACAAUACUUUUUUUUUUUUUUAAUCGACAAAGACAAUUUGAACAACAGUCUCGGUUGGACUUUUUAAUGCCAUUAUGGGAUUUCAUGCAGAAAGAGAGCAGCGGGUACUUUAACACCGGAUUGAAUUCAUUAUUGACAGAGUUGAAUUUAUAAUUUCUGAAAUAUUAUAAUUUUAUUACUUGUGUGCGCUCCUCUCGGUAUGUUAGAGACAUGUCUUUGUGUCAUUACUACCCCGUACAAAUGCGCACACGCAACUUUGUUGUAUCGUUAAACAGACCGGCAGCAAGGUAAAUAAGAUUAUUUUACAUGCCUUUGCUUGCUGAAAUACCAUUUUAGUGAAAUUAUCAGAACAACGAGGAUGCAGUUUUUGAAUAAUUAGAUGCAGCUUCAGAAAUAAAAAAAAAAUCUAUAUUUGUUCAAACUUUUAAAGCCAAUUGAAUUGUAGUUUGCUUUUUGGAGCAGACUGGUUAACAGUCUGCCCAAUAAUUGGCAAUUUUACUAACAUGUGGGAUUAAUAGCAGAGUAGUAUGUUUGGGGUGGAAAAGUUUGGUUCUCAGAUUAAUAGCAGAAACCCUGGCCAGUCAGAAAGACAGAAAAGCCAACCGAGACUGAAUAUGGGCUCCCAUUACAAAAGUCCCAGUUUCCACACCGGAGGUCCACCGGGAGCUGUGGAGCCCAGCAUGGGCCCUAUGAGUGACCCGCAGAUGCUCGGACUUAACAUGAACAUGAACGGAGAACAGUAUGGAGGUUUUCACUCCCGGGGUCACUCUGACAUGCACGCAAGUGGCGGACUUCAGCAGCAGCAGCAAGGACCCAUACAUGGAUUUUUUAACAACCAGCAACCUCAUCAAGGACAUCCUCAUGGCCAUCAACCUCACCCCCACCAACAUCAUCCUCACUUCAGCGGGAAUUUUGGAGGCCCAGAGCCAGGGUCAUCGUGCCUGCAUGGUGCCAGGCUAAUGGGCUACAAUAACAAUGCCAUGGGACCACAGCAGGCCUUUGGAGAGGGAUUUGAUCCUCUCGCUGAGGGACAGGCGGGGGAUGGCUUCCCACAGCAGCAACAGCGGCCUGGUAACAUGCCUGACUUCCAACAUCACGGUCCGCCCAGCGGCAACCAUGCUGUUCCUGCUCCCUGCCUUCCCCUAGACCAGUCACCUAACAGGGCAGCUUCUUUUCACGGCCUGCCUUCGUCAUCGUCGUCCUCCUCCGAUUCUCAUAGCCUGGAGAAUAGACGGAUGCCCAACCAGGGAGCUGUGGAGGGAAUAGAUUAUAACUUCCCCAGUGAGCCGCCAUCUGGACAUUUCGAUGUACCUGUAUUUUCACCCACUGAGUCAGAAUCUCAGUUACCCCAUUUUGGCCCUGGAAGGCCGGUUCCCAGCGGGACUUUUCAAGGAAACCCUGGCAUGCCUCGGACAACUGGCAUGCAGGGCAUAUCCAAGGGACACCAACCCCCACAGCCCCAACAGCAUCAACAUGGAAUGUUUUUUGAGCGAUUUGGAAAUGGCCGGAAAGUGCCCGUGGGAAUGGACCCGGGUGUCAAUGCGAGACAUCCUCUCAUGCAACAGCAACAACAGGCCGGCUUGAUAGCUAGACAGAACUCCUGCCCCCCUGGCCUCCCCCGACCCCCUCAGGCUGAGUCUGGCUCCAGUAACCCGAACAUUUUGGAUGGAGGGGUCAUGAUGAGUGGCCAACACAAUCAGUUUGAAUAUCCCAUUCACAGACUGGAAAAUAGGGGUCUGCAUCCCUAUGGGGACCCCAUGUUUAAUAUGCAACAGCCAGCUCCCCUUCCCUCCCAACAGCCUCCAAAUCAGAGACUACAACACUUUGACGCUCCGUAUGUAAACAUGGCAAAAAGGCCUAGAUUUGACUUUCCCAACGCACAUGGAGGUGAAGGCUGGUGUGGUGGCAUGGAAAAUCACCUCUCUCCUUCUUCCUACCCGGGACUGCCAGGUGAGUUCACUCCACCUGUGAAUGAAGCUUUCCCACCGGGUCCACUGCAGCACACGGGCCCUGAGCAGCAGUCGUUACAGCAGCGACAGAAUGCAGCCAUGAUGAUAAAACAGAUGGCUUCUCGCAACCAGCAGCAGAGAAUGAGGCAGCCCAGUCUGCAGCAGCUCGGUCACCACGGUGAUGUGCCUCCAGGCCCACUGGGUCAUGGAGGCCCAGUGGGAGGCAUGCCUCAGCCCAACUUUGACAGGGAAAAUGGGAGUAGAAUGGUCAAUGUUGAUGGACAAAAUCCACAUGUAAACCAGGAUAAUUCCUGGUUUCAGGGCUCCCACCCUCCUGGGGAGAUGAUGUCACGGCGCAUGGGAGGAUCAGGCAAUGACUCAGGGCCCCAUGACCUGGGUCUCCAGCAGAAUGGUCCUGGAAUGAUGUUCAGGCCAGGUAUGGGCAUGCAGGAAGCCAUGAGAAUACCUGGAGACGGACAUGUACAGGCUCUCCAUUCUCCAGGUUUGCACUCACAGUUCAGCAGUAACAUGAGUAACCUCUCACAAAUGCAGUCUCCAGGAGCGGGAGGAGGUACAGGACAUCCAAAUGCACCGCCAGAGAGGCGACCCCCUGAAUUCCCCGCACCUCCAAUGGGAGCACAACCACCAUUUCCCUAUGGAGGGCCAAACCGUCAAGGGCCACCUCACAAUGUACCCCAGGGGGUGAACACCUCACCAGGGAGCUACCCUCCUCCAUCUGAGUUCCCUUCAGGCCAGCGGUCGUCUGUUAGCAAGCUUGGUGCUCUGUCUCUCGGGAAUUUUAACAAAACCAGUGCUAAAGACAGUGUUUUUGGCCAGAGCUGCCUGGCGGCCCUUUCUACGGCGUGCCAGAACAUGAUCGCAAGCCUAGGGGCUCCCAACCUCAACGUAACAUUCAACAAGAAAAACCAAAAUGAGGGCAAGCGAAAACUGAGUCAGACAGAGCAGGACAUUAAUAGCAGCACAUCUAACGGGACUGGCAGUGCGGGGCCUGAAUAUUUUCAGGGCAGCACUUCUCAGAACAACCAGCUGCCUGGCACUGGGAAUAGCAACUCUAAGCCUGCAAGUCAAAACCAGACGGUGCAGGGGGAAGCCAGUGCCCUCUCCCCAAAUUACAACAUGGACGCUACCCCGUGCAGUGAGGGGAAGGCAACAACAGGGAGUGGGAGAGGGAGAGGGAGGAGAAAAAGAGACAGUGGACAUGUGAGCCCUGGAAUUUUUUUUUCCUCUGAAAAUGGAAACCCUGUUGUUAGUCCAGGCCAGCAAACCCCGUCGGCUGGUGUUGGGGAGAGGGGUGGGGGCACGCCCCAUGAGAAGCACCUGCAAUCACCUUCUUGGGGGAAAGGAGGCGACCUGAUGUUGGGGGACCAGGCUGACCUGAUGUCUUCUUUGGACAGUGGCAUUCAAAGUGUCGCCAAGUCUGACAGCAGCUCGCCCCGUGUGGACUUUCCUGAUGAUGUCAGCGCCCACUUUGGCAAUGAGGAUGAGGUGUCCUCCAGCUCAGAUGCAGGAGGUUCCUCAGCCAAUAAGUCCAAUCGUAGCCCGAUGAUCAAUGGAUCACCCAAAAUGCCAAUAAAUGGGCAGAAGCCCCUAAGCAUAGGCAUUAACAAUCAUACUACCUCGACACCAGACAGCUAUGGACUGAGUUCUGGUGCAACAACGGGCAGCAGCGGGGUGAGCCAUCCAGGUACACCAGGUAUGGAGCAGGUACGCACCCCAUCCAGCACGUCUGGUCAGGACGAAAUCCACCCUUUGGAGAUUCUACAGGCCCAGAUCCAGUUGCAAAGGCAGCAGUUCAGCAUCUCUGAAGACCAGCCUCUGGCCAUGAAAAAUGGCAAAAAGAAUGGCGAUUGUCCCUCUCAGAACAGUGAGAACGAGCUGGCAAGCUGCAGCCCUGAUACUGGGAAGGGUUCAAUGGGCACGAUUGACCUUGACACACUUAUGGCUGAGCAGCACGCCACCUGGUACGUGCCCAGUGACAAGGCCAUGAUGGAUGGCUCCGAGGAUGACAAGUCCAUGGGACUCUGGGAAAAAAACAAGAGCCAAACAAACAACAAAGAAGAAUCUGAGCUGUCCCAGAGUAAGGCUGGAGUCGCGGCCCCUGGGGCCAGCGGAGGAGGCAGCGGCAGUGGAGGAGGAGGAGGAGGAGGAGGGAACCACCUUCAGUGCCUGUCCGUCCACUGCACAGAUGAGCUGGGGGACAGUAAAGGCAGAGGAGGGCCCGUCUCAUCUUGGCGCUCUCUCCACUCUGAUAUAUCCAACCGGUUUGGGACAUUUGUGGCAGCACUGACUUGAAUGAAAAGCAGUCCCACUGCAAAAUAAGAGGACAAACUAAGAAGAUCAGAGACAAAGAAUGAUGAAAAAUAUGGAAAGUGCAGGCACCUCAUGCCUGUUCAGGGCAAGGAUAACUUUCACAAAUGCAAACGCGCACACACAGACACAAACAUACUAAUAUCAUGUUAUUGUCAAACACAUGCAGUCACUCACUCAGCCACUGCUGGACAAUAACGCGUGGGCUCGACUCACCAAUGCUCAAUCUGGAAAACCUCAAAUCAACAUGUAUAUUUUUUCUUUGCUUUUUUUUUUUGUUUUGUUUUGAAGAAACGUAUAAACUUGUCAAACGAUGAUUAUGAGAUAGCAAAAGCAGAUAUACUCAGUUGCCACUGGCUGUAAUUGUGUAGCGGUGUUGACAUGCACGAUGUACUUGGCAGGCUGAGGGUUUUUGUUUUGAAAUGAUAUUAUUAAAUAGGGCCUUUCUGCUCACCUCACUUACACAUUGUGCUCUAAUGUAAAUAUAUAUGAACCCAUUGUAAGCAACUGUUGCCCAAAAACCUUCAUCUGAUUUUGUUGUAUUUUGAUCAUUUUUGUCAAUCUCAAAUGACAGAAGACGGAUGAAUAAGCAUGAAUGUAUGUUUCUUUUUGUGCAAAUACAGCUAUAUUUGCCUCCACGUCUGAGCAACUUUUUACCUGUAUCAUUGCUGCUGUUCAUUUAUGUUGUAAGAAACUGCUCUUCUCUCAUAUUCAUGAGCUCAACCUUGUAUACAAUUCAGCCAAUGGGAACUGAAGUGGCAACAUUUUGCGUUGUUUUAAUAAGGGAAUUGAAAAAACAAUGGCUAUUGGUAUUGCACAUGUAUAAUAAGAUUUAAAAAAAAAAAUUGCUGUGUGUUGGGCAAUCUUGUAAUCUUUAAAGCUUCUGUUGAAUUUCUGAAACAAUAGAUGGAGGACUGUGACAGCAAUUUAUGAACUGAUUUUUUUGUUUACUUUUUAAAAGAUAAGUAAAGUGCAGUCGUCUGUUUUCCUGCAUAUUGUAUAUAUCUGUAUAUGUUUUAUUGAGUAACUAAAUAACAAUAAAUAUGACGUUAAAGGUGCAA